CGAAACGAGUCGUCUCAUUUUCCUGUUAGCGGUUCAAACGCGAACAACAGGGACAACCAUACACGAUCUAAGGAUAACCCUUCUGUUAUUGUUUUUUUUUCCGUGCUUUUUUUUUGUGGCGUGCCAGCAUGAAAUUCGCCGGAGUACCGUUAGCUGGGGCUUUGAUAAGCUGCUGCUACUUCUACCUGGCAGCUGCCUCUUCAUCUUCCGGACUUCCUGUUGCUUCUUCUUCAGUUCCCGCGUCUCCAUCUUCAGCUCCCGCUUCAUCCAAGCCAAAAAGAGACGCAGGAUUAAGUUUUGGAGGAAUCUCCAGUUAUCACGGCCCCUCCCACAAAUAUCUUCCACCCGCCUAUGAAAAUCAUCUGAACUUUGGCAGCUACCAUGGAAAUUCCCUGGGAUCCGGUUCCGGUUCCAGCUAUUCCGAUUACUCCGGUCAUUCCAGUCACUCGGAAGGCGAAAGCAGCUACGGCCAUCAUUACGGACAUUUCGGGGGCCACGGUUACGCGAGUUCCAGUGGACACGGAAGACCCCAUCAUUACAGCAGCAGUGGAACUCCCAAAAUCGAGACCUACAUCGUGCAAGCUAGCGGCGGUCCGGGUUCCGGUCACAAUUACCAUGGUCAGGGCCACGCAAUAAGUCAUGGAAUCAGUCACGGUAUAAGUCACGGCCAUGGACACUCCCAUGGCUCCGGAUUGGGCUACAAAUACGCACCAUCCUCGAGUGGAUCCUAUUUAAACCUGCUGGGAAACAACCACAAGACCAGUACGUAUGUGGUGGCUUCGCCCGAGUUCUCCGGAAGUCACGCAGGAAGCAGCCGUGGAAUUGGCUAUGAAUCGGGACCAGUUCACAGACCCACCUACAGCGGCCACCCACCAAGUCACGGCUACAGUCACGGUUUCGGUCAUCCCAUCAGCCAUCAGAUCAGCCACGGGCCCAGUCAGGGAUCCGGCCACAGUUUCGACCACAGCUUGGAGCAUGCGUUGGAGCACGGACUGAGUCACGCUUUGGGAUUGGGUCACUCUUCUGGAGGUGGAGGCGUCGGAGGAGGACAAUUUGCCCAGCACCCGUUGCCUCAACCGGCGGAGGAGCACUCCGGCUACUCCUACGACGCCCCUGCCACCACUUUCGGCAAGGGAGUGCCCCUAAGCAGCUAUGGCGUUCCCCUGAUUCCCGGAUAUGACCACCAGGAAUCUCUGCAGGAGCAGCCAGUGCAAGUGCAAGUCCUGGAGCAGGAGCAAAAGGCAGAGCGCGAGCAGGAGAGGGAGACUCCGGUCUAUGCCCUGGGCCACAAAGGAUUGGGCCACUUCAGCUACACGGCCAGCAAACCACAGGCCCUGCACACCGACAUCCUCAGCUCAGCCCACUCCGACGCACCUAAUCACGAUCUGGAGCUCUCGAAGGCGCCCUUCAAGCCCAGCGCCUUUUUGGGGGCCAAGCACGAGUCCGGAUCCAAUUCCAUUUCCGGCUACGAUUACGCCACGCCCAGCUCGCCGUUUCUACAGACUCCCUCUUCGCCGGGCUACGACUACCCGGCUCCGGCGCAGCUCUACGGACCACCCGGUCACUCCGGGAACUCGGCCACGCCCAUUUUCGAGCCGGAGGCCACAUACUUGCCGCCUGCCAGCAGCUUUGGCCCACCGGCCACGUCUUCCCAUGGAUAUCACUAAAUUAUUAAGCCAGUUUUAAGGUCUACUUCAUUUUUUUCGCUAUCUAUUUUCUACUGUAAGCCAAAAUCGAAAAAUAAAAAGAAC